AUGAACUGGAACAAGGGCGGUCAAGGUGUCAAGCGAGGGUUUGGGUUUGGGGGAUUUGCCCUUGGAGGGAAAAAAGAAGAAGCACCACCUCCACACAAAUCACACAAUACAUUUGGCAGCUCGGGAUCCGGUGUAUAUGGCAAAAACCAGCAGCUGCCCUCCUUCUACAAAAUUGGAACAAAACGAGCCAACUUUGAUGAGGAAAAUGCGUAUUUUGAAGAUGACGAAGAGGAUGCCAGCAACAAUGUGGAUCUUCCCUAUAUUCCAGCGGAGAACUCCCCCACACGGCUGCAGAUGAAGUCUGGUGGGGGUUCAGACAGUGAAGAUGACCCAUUGGAUGCUUUUAUGGCAGAAGUUGAGAGCCAAGCUGCUAAAGAUAUGAAGAAAUUGGAAGAAAAAGAGCUAGAGAUUCCUGACAAGGGUAUUCGUGAUGACAUUGAAGAGGAGGAUGAACAAGAAGCUUACUUCCGUUACAUGGCAGAGAAUCCCACCGCAGGGCUGGCACUGGAUGAAGAGGAGGAGAAUGUUGACUAUGACAGUGAUGGAAACCCCAUUCCCUCUACCACAAAGAAAAUUAUCUUGCCCCUUCCACCCAUUGACCAUUCAGAGAUUGAUUAUGCUCCAUUUGAGAAAAACUUCUAUCAAGAACAUGAGGAGCUCAAUGUCCUCAAUGGAUUACAGGUUGUAGAGCUCAGGCAAAAACUGAAUUUGAAGGUUUCUGGGGCAGCUCCUCCAAAGCCAUGCACUAGUUUUGCCCACUUUAGCUUUGAUGAACAACUGAUGCACCAAAUCCGCAAAUCAGAAUACACUCAGCCAACUCCAAUUCAGUGCCAGGGUGUACCCAUUGCACUGUCUGGCCGUGACAUGAUCGGUAUCGCAAAAACUGGCAGUGGAAAAACGGCAGCUUUCAUUUGGCCCAUGUUGGUUCACAUCAUGGACCAGAAAGAGCUACAGCCAGGAGACGGUCCCAUUGCGAUCAUUGUCUGUCCAACAAGAGAGCUUUGUCAGCAGAUUCACGCCGAGUGUAAGCGUUUUGGGAAAGCUUACUCGCUGCGGUCAGUGGCAGUUUACGGAGGAGGAAACAUGUGGGAACAGUCCAAGGCUCUUCAGGAAGGAGCUGAAAUAGUUGUAUGCACCCCGGGUCGGCUAAUUGACCAUGUAAAAAAGAAGGCCACGUCUCUACAGAGGGUCACAUAUCUGGUGUUUGAUGAGGCAGAUCGCAUGUUUGAUAUGGGCUUUGAAUACCAGGUUCGAUCAGUAGCCAGCCACGUGCGUCCAGACAGACAAACCCUUCUGUUCAGUGCUACUUUUCGGAAGAAGAUAGAGAGACUGGCCAGAGACAUCCUGGUGGAUCCUAUUCGAGUUGUGCAAGGAGACAUUGGAGAGGCCAACGAGGACGUCACUCAACUUGUGGAGAUGCUUCACACUCCGUCCGAUAAAUGGAACUGGCUGACACGGAGGCUGGUCGAGUUCACCUCCACAGGCUCAGUGCUUAUUUUUGUCACGAAGAAGGCAAACUCUGAAGAACUGUCCACAAACUUGACCCAGGAGGGCUACAGUUUGGGCCUGCUUCACGGAGACAUGGACCAGAGUGAGAGGAACAAGGUCAUUUUUGAUUUUAAGAAGAGGAAUCUGCCUGUGCUUGUAGCCACUGAUGUAGCAGCUCGUGGUUUGGACAUCCCAUCUAUUCGCACAGUGGUGAACUAUGACGUGGCCCGGGACAUCGACACACACACGCACAGGAUUGGUCGAACGGGGCGUGCAGGAGAGAAGGGCGUGGCCUACACUCUCCUCACCUUCAAAGACACCUCAUUUGCCGGUGACCUCGUGCGAAAUCUGGAGGGAGCGAAUCAGGCAGUCUCCAAGGAGCUGAUGGAUUUAGCCAUGCAGAAUCCAUGGUUCAGAAAGUCCAGAUUCAAGGGAGGAAAAGGGAAGAAGUUGAACAUCGGUGGAGGUGGCCUUGGUUACAAGGAACGGCCAGGACUAGGAUCCGAUAGUUCUGGUGGUGGUAGCAGCAUCAUGUCUUCAAGUAGUUACGAGAGCUUCAGCAAACCAUCUACAGGAGCCAUGGGGGACCGGAUCGCCGCGAUGAGACAGGCCUUCAAUGCUCAGUACAAGAGUCACUUUGUGGCUGCGACCGGGAGCGCUCCCAAGCUCAGCACUAAGUCCAGCAGCACGUCCGGCUGGACCAGCGCCGGCAGCCUCAGCUCCAUCCCCACAGAGGCCGGCGGCACCAAGAUGUCCGGCUUCACCAGCGCCGGGACUCUCAGCUCCAUCCCCCCACCCAGCGCCCAGCCCAUGUUUCCACCACCACCCCCUAAAGACAGCCCCCGCGACCGCUAUGGGGAAGACGGCCCGCGGGACGGUCCCCGUGACCGCCACAGCGACGACAGAGACCGCCACAACGAAGAGCGCGGGCGCCAUGGUGAUGAGCGGGGACGCCACAGUUCAGACAGUCACCAUCGCCACAGCGACCGUGACAGGGAGCGCCACGGAGACCGCGAUCGCCACAGCAGCAGCAGCAGUCGUCAUGGCGAGACUCGGCAUAGUGACAGUCGUAACGGAGACAGCAGCAGCAGCCGGAGGGAGGAGCGGAGGAGUGACAGAGAUGCAGACAGAGAUGAUGGCUUUGCUGUUCCUGAUCCGCCCAAAAAGAGAAAGAGCAGGUGGGACAACUGA